GCGCUUCGCUCACUAACAUCAUCAAUAAUGGCUCUGCUUUUAGUCCCACGUUUUUCUAACAAAAUAGCAAGAUUCGGAGGGUAAAAAGCAGUGUGAACAAUCAUACAACUUGAAAGUUUAGUUUGGAUGAACUCGUGCUGCAUCAUUUGUUGUGUGCCGAAUGUCCCAGAAGUCCCGAAAUGUUUCGCGAAAGGUUUAAAGUUCUGUUUUCAUUAGUGUGUAUCUCUGCUUGAGCAAGGCAACUAUUACAUUGCCAGAUGUAUUGAAUCGUUUAUUGGCGUCACAGUGUGUUCAUGCCAGAAAUAACGAGACGUCAUCAGGACUCUAACGUUACCCAAUUCCCAGCCCCCCGACUGACCGUUAGAUAGCCCUGCCUGAUCACUCCUGUUGACAGUGUUGUUUUACACGGAGAAAAAGUUUUUCAGCGUGGGGAAAUUGUUAAAAAAAAAAAGCUGCCUUCAACUCCACUGGCUCGGAAAUUUGGCGACUUGGCUCCAACAUUUGGGGCCCCCUCUGCUACUGCACAAAGUGAAGGUUGAUAUGCCACAUCAGUGAUGGAGCCCAUGACGGUGACGACGUCGGUGGCCGGGCCGGACGAGUUUGACCGCAAUGCCCCGCGGAUCUGCGGUGUGUGCGGUGACAAGGCCACCGGCUUUCACUUCAACGCCAUGACGUGUGAGGGCUGCAAGGGAUUCUUCAGGCGCAGCAUGAAGCGUAAAGCCUCCUUCACCUGUCCAUUCAACGGGAGCUGCACCAUCACCAAGGACAACCGGCGUCACUGCCAGGCCUGUCGUCUCAAACGCUGCAUUGAUAUUGGCAUGAUGAAAGAGUUCAUCCUGACAGACGAGGAGGUUCAGAGGAAGAAGGACAUGAUAUUGAAGAGGAAAGAGGAGGAGGCAGCCCGGGAGGCGAUGAGGCCACGUCUGAAUGAGGAGCAGGCCCGGAUCAUCUCCAGUCUGGUGGAAGCUCACCACAAGACCUACGAUGCCUCCUAUUCUGACUUCUCCCGCUUCAGGCCUCCAGUGCGUGAAGGCCCAGUAACGCGCAGUGCCAGCAGAGCUGCCUCCCUUCAUUCCUUGUCUGAGGCCUCCUCUGACUCAUUCAACCACUCACCUGAGUCUGUUGACACCAAGAUGAACUUCAGCAACCUGUUAAUGAUGUACCAGGACGGCGCUAGCAGUCCAGACUCUAGUGAGGAGGACACAAAGCUUUCCAUGCUGCCCCACCUGGCGGACCUGGUCUCCUACAGCAUCCAGAAAGUCAUCGGCUUUGCCAAGAUGAUCCCAGGCUUCAGAGAGCUGACAGCAGAAGACCAGAUCGCUCUGUUGAAGUCGAGUGCCAUUGAGAUCAUCAUGCUGCGUUCAAACCAGUCGUUCAGUCUGGAGGACAUGUCCUGGAGCUGCGGAGGACCUGACUUCAAAUACUGCAUCAAUGACGUUACAAAGGCUGGUCACUCUCUGGAUCUGUUGGAGCCGCUGGUGAAGUUCCAGGUUGGUUUGAAGAAACUCAACCUGCACGAGGAGGAACAUGUGCUGCUCAUGGCCAUCUGCCUGCUCUCCCCAGAUCGUCCUGGUGUCCAAGACCACAGCCGCAUCGAGCAGCUCCAGGACCAUCUGUCGGAGACACUGCAGGCCUACAUCCAGGUCAACCACCCAGGCGGACGCCUCCUCUACGCCAAGAUGAUCCAGAAGUUGGCCGACCUGCGCAGCCUGAACGAGGAGCACUCCAAGCAGUAUCGUUCACUCUCCUUCCAGCCCGAGCACAGCAUGCAGCUCACCCCGCUGGUGCUGGAAGUGUUUGGCAGCGAGGUGUCAUAGCAGAGAAGGAGGCACGCUUGCAUACAUACACACACUCAUCACACAUCACAGGACACAUAGGACGACCAACCAACCCUUACCGCCUUUUCCCCAAGAGAACCCCAGCCCUGAUUAUACCUGGACAUGAGGGAGAAAGAUGGAUCAUCAGAUAGGUAGACAGUAACCUUCAACCCCUUCAACAUCUGUCCAUCCUCCUGACCUCAAGCAGCAAGGCUCAGAUGCCUGGACCUCUGAAUUUAUAGAUUUUAAGACAUCUUAAUAUGCUCUGGAUUUUUGCAGCACCUGGAAAACCAGAUAAUAUUUUAACCUCUGGAUUUGCAAACACAGCACCGUAUUAAAUGUCAUUACGUCAGGCAGAUAUCCUGACUCGUAGACAUCUGGAACAGACGGACCCCUGAUCCUCUCCAAAUUUAGAAACUCCAAAAGGAAGAUCGCCUUUUCUCAUCAAGAAGAAUUUCUUCUUAUUUCUUUUUUUUUUUUUACAGUGAAGACAUCUUGAUGGAUAUGAAUGUCGCAUCCCUUCUACCAUCAUCCUCAUAACAUUGUUCACAUCAUUGCGAUGACGGACAGAAAUAGAUACACAGAUUUACAUCGUUUAACCAAUGCUGGCACUUGUGAGGUACAGACACAUUGCUAGCAAUGUUACUACACUCGUGUUAGGUAGCUAUAAACUAUUGUUGAUUUACAGUUUGUUGACAGCAAAGACAUCCAAAUAUAUUAAAUGUCAACAUAGUCAGCGUUUAAAAAUACUUGGUUAAGAUGGGCUGCUUAGCCCUGUGUAUCUGUAGGUCUCAGAUGGUCUGCUGAAGCGAAGAAAGGAAGUAUCGGUAGGAAUGUUUCAGUAUAGGAACGGUGAGAAGAGAGGUGCCAUUUGGAGGAAUGAGUAAAGGAGGUUGGAUAGAUGGAGGGAUAUGCUACAGUUAGAAUUCCCUGUUCACAAGACAAAAGGGAAUUUCACAAAACAAGAAUGUAUGUAUAAUGCUAUAUAAAUAUAAAUGAUACGUAUAAGCUGAUAUAUAUGAAUAUAUAUAUAUAUAUAUAUAUAUAUAUAUAUAUAUAUAUAUUUAAGAGAGCGAAACAUGGUUACUUCCAAGGAAGCAAGCAAGCAAUUCAGAGUGUUGUAUAAAGUAGAGGAUUUGAAGGCCCCUUCUCAGUUGUGUGUGUGUGUGUGUGUGUGUGUGUGUGUGUGUGUGUGUGUGUGUGUGUGUGCGCGCGCGUGUGUGUGUGUGUGUGCGUGCGCGUGUGCGCCGUCUUUCAAAAGACAAUUGUAGACACACACAAGAAAGUGCUGAGAAGUGUGUGAGGAGUCCUUCUAUUUUUGUGAUGUGUGUACAGUAUAUGAGAAUAUUGAUGAACCACAAGGGGGUGUGUACAGGCUCUGACCGAGGGAUUAGUGCAGGGAAGCACUUCUCUGUUGGAUGUCGUCGUUUUUUUUGGACCUGUGAAGUUUGUAGACAGACACACACAAACACUACGUCAUGUUUCCUGGAUAGUGGUUAUCCAAAAAUAUUUGUUCGGCUGGUUAGAUUGCUGCUAAGACAGUUCGAGCUAGAUAGUUGGACAGAAGCCAACUACUGGCUGUUGCCUCAGGGAAAAGUUUGUCUGAUGAUAUUGUGUACUUAGUGUUCAUGGUGUGUGUGGCGUAAGCUUACAAUCAUAAGACAGAGAUUGUUUUUGAAGCUCUAGGCAUCACUGUGAUUUCUAAUCAUACUAAAUACUAAAUAACAGCAUAAGUAAGCUAAAAUAAAUAAAAAAUUAUUUUGAAAUAAAUGGUGACUACAAGAUUUCCAUUACUAAACUUUAUCUGUUCAGUUAAAAAAUGACUUAUGAAAUUGUUUGCAUAGUCCUACAAUCCAUUAGAGAUCAUUGUUAAAGUAGACCUUCCCAUUAAAUGGCUACAUUUUAAAAUACAGAGCCAUCUGUGUUAAAACAUUGAGUGAUUAAUAUCAGCCUUAAGGUUAUUUUUUCAGGGCAAAGUGAAUAAUCUACAGAAGGUAGCAAUGUAUAGUAGUUAAACAAUGUAUAGCCUGUAGUGUUUUUGGAAUGAAAUCCUUCAGAUGCUCUAAACAGCUAGGCAGAAUUAUAAAACCCGAGACAGAGAAAGACUUUUUUUAUAUUAAACAAAAAUCAAGCCUCAUACAUUUUUGUCACAUCUAUAUCAUUUCAACACCAGCCACAUAAGCGAGGUUUAGGAUGUUACUUUUCAGCAUCACUACAUAUCAUAUCACGUUUCAGUCGACACAAUGCAUGCUCACCCCUCAUGCAGGCCUGGAUCACCCCCUUGUGGACAAACUUUGUAAAUACCACUUGCUAAGUCUGUACAUAGUUAGAGAUUAAUGUAGGCAAAAUACUAAGAGAAUUCAAUUGUUGAUGAUGGCAAGAUGCUCUGGAGAUAACAGCACUACUGUGCAAUUAGGAGAUGGACUCUUAUGUUCUAUUCAACUAGAAUCGGCAGAGGGGGCAAUCCUGGUCAAGUUAUUGAGUUGUUUCAGGGUGCGCUGAAGAAGACUGUCUGAUGUGGUUGUGACCAGUAUGGAUUUUUUUUAAAAGCUGAUGUUUGGCAAUCAACAUUUAGCAAAUUCAGAUUUAACCAAUUUCAUAACCAUAAAGUAAAGAUAUUCGGCUUUUCACAGAUCAACACACCUGAAAAAACAAAAGGAAAGAACGUAUAUCAUACCAACCUGGCCAAUAGAGUCCCUAAUAAAGGGCCAGCAUUGGUCCAACCCUGUUUUGGUUGAUGCUCGUACUAGUGUAGUACGUGUAAUGAUGGGACUCGGAAUUCUGAAAGGCUUCAUGUGACUGAACAUUCCCAGUGGUGGUUGUGUUGAUCAUUCCAACUGGCUGAGUCUCAUGCACUAGCUACACUCUGAACAUCAGCGUGAGCAUCUUUAACUCUCUGGCAGCCUUUUAAAGGCACCCAACAACUCAGUAUGUUAGUCACCAGGAAGUGUCCUCUCUGUCCAUUCCAAGCUUAUGGAUGUACACCUUUUCUCUCUUUCUAAAGUCUAUCAAUAAGCUUUUGACAAUUAUACAGUAUAUCCAUAAUAUUCAUUUUGGUGAAAACGUUAUAUUUUUUUCUCUAUUUUCUUUUGUUCUUUUCAAGAUUGUCAAUUUUAAUGUGUGUCCGAGUUUUGCUGUCUAGCUAGCGCUUGGCUUGUUGCGCUGGGACCUUGUUAUAAUGAAGCAGAGGUGAGCCUGGUGGAGCCCUGGAGCCUUUUCCAAUUGCAAAAUGAACAAGCUCCACUUCCCUUGUUCCCUCGAUUUCAA